AUGCCAUCGAGCUCCACACAACAUACGCCCUCGCCUUCUCAUCCAACGCAAGAUCCCUUCACAUCUCCAGGCGGUAGUAGCUCACCAGGUUGUAAUCUUGGUCGGAUAGUGACGGUUCCUCUUGCAGCUUUGGGUGGCUUUGCAAUUGAGAUUGGAAAGAAAGAAAAGGAUUCUGUUGACGUGUUGGAUGACGUCCAAAAGCGCACUAUUGGAGACAUAUCUUAG